UUCUGGGAAUCGAACCAGGGACCUUCAAACCUUAGACGAACGCUCUUACCAAUUGAGCUACCUGGUCACUGGCAAUCGACCCAGUCCAGUGUUGCUGCAAUGUUUUGAGCGUUAUGGAUUUAGGAGAGGAAAAAUGCACGGCCAGACCGGGGUUGGAGCCUGGGACCGUCCAAAGUCUAGACGGACGCUCUACCAACUGAGCUACCUAUAGUUGUCUAUGAUUGACCAAGUCCAGUUCUGCUACAUAUCAAUGCUUAAAGUCCAGAAACUGGUGAUCAAUGAUCAGGAGCCUGUAUAUAUAUAUGGCUGCCAUUGGUACUGUGAAAGUGGAGGUUCUCGGGGACAGGAAUGUUUGUGUGAUUGAGAUCGUACGUCCAGAGGUGAGGAACGCUGUGGAUCCACCCACGGCCAAAGCUUUGUACACAGCAUUCCGUGAGUUUGACGAGGACCAGAACUGCCAUGUGGCUGUGUUACACGGAACAGGUGGAAAUUUCUGUGCUGGCUAUGACUUGAAAGCCUUCUCUAAAUCUGACGGUACAGAAAACGGCAUAGAACCACCGAACGUAUCGGAUGUUGGGCCUAUGGGUCCUACCCGCCUGAAGCUGUCUAAGCCAGUUAUUGCUGCUGUGUCAGGGUAUGCUGUGGCUGGAGGAUUGGAGCUUGCUCUCAUGUGUGACCUCCGGGUUGUGGACGAGUCCGCUAUUAUGGGUGUCUUCUGUCGCAGAUUUGGUGUUCCUCUGAUUGACGGGGGAACUGUUCGCCUUCCUCAUCUCAUUGGGUUGUCCCGAGCACUGGACCUCAUACUAACCGGGCGACCAGUGGAUGCACAAGAGGCCUUGACCAUAGGACUAGCUAAUAGAGUUGUUCCUACCGGCACAGUCCUUGAAGCAGCCAUCGACCUUGCAGCAGACAUCGCACAGUUCCCCCAAAGGUGUAUGAGGACAGACCGAACCUCUGCUCUACACAGCGUGUACACCACUGACAGUUUCCAGGAGGCACUCGCACGCGAAUUUUACAACGGUAUCAAAGUCAUUCAGGAGGAAAGUCUUCCAGGAGCAAGGUCAUUUGCCAAAGGAGCAGGCAGGCACGGCAAGUUCUCAGACUCCAAGACAGAUCCCCCAUCAAAGUUAUGAGGACUCUUGGAUCUAGACAUUUCUACCUCUUACUGUGAUAUACUGUCAGGCAUUACUUGUGAUUCCUUAGAAGAGAUCAACUGAUGAUGAUUAUCAGUUAUAAUACAGACUUUUGAUUGUUUCACAUGUACAAACCCACAGUAACCUGUGACCUCUGGGUGGUAGCAGUUAAGGAUCCCUGUCCCAAUGCAGGUAAAACACUAGAGAGUUCCACUGUAGUGGUUUUUACUUCAAGUUACUUCCUUCCCCCUUAAUUAUGUCUCCCCUUCGAAUGAAGGGAGACAUAUUGUAUUAGUACUGGUUCUUCUUCUUCUGGUUCUUCUCAUCACAACUUGUCCGGGCCAUAACUUUUUAACCGUUAAAGAUAUCUUGAUGAAACUGGAGGUAUGCCUACAUCACCCAUAGAAGGUUUGCUGUGCACUGGAAUUAGGUCACUGUGGCCUUCACCUUAAGGUCAAAGGUUAAAUAAGUGCAGCAUUUUCAGUAAAUUUUGUCUGGCCCGUAAAUUUUAAACAAGUAAAGAUAUCUUGAUCAAACUUGAAGUAUACCUGCCUCACCCACAGAAGGUGUGCAGUGCACUAGAAUUAGG